AUGGAAGAGCAGUCUGAGCAUGGGAAAGUCAUCCCAACCGUUGAUAUUCUAUUGAUCGGCAGCCCGGGAGUGGGCAAGUCGACAUUUCUCUCACAGCUACAGUAUCUACGGCAAGGGAAACUAGAUGUGACAACGCCGCGGCCUCGAGUAUUUGCGCCGAGCGGGCCAGUGAUAUAUGAUGUGGUGUUGUUUGGUCGACCGUAUCAAUUCCGAGUGACCGUGUCGACGUCAACGCUAUUCAUCGACCCUUUCCCUGAACAGGUCGACUUUGCCAUCAUUGCGUACUCGAUCUCGUCGCGCGAAUCGCUGCACAAUGCGCAAUAUUACUGGCGUCAACAAUUGGCCAUGCAUUACGCCGACUUGGAGCACAACAUGCCAAUCAUGCUACUGGGGUUGAAACGAGACGAACGGACUGAUGAUCGGGCCGACGACGGCACCUUCGAAUGUGUCAUGCCCCAGGAAGGUCUGCGUGUCGCUCAGGAAAUACGGGCUGAUCGCUAUGCAGAGUGCAGUGCCUUAACUGGCGAGUUGAUGUGGCAGGUUCUGGAGGAUAUCACUCGAACCGCCGCAAAGACUACGACUGAAGGUGGUGGACUUAGUCAGGUCGGCUCUUGCGCGACCAUGUGACCAUGUGGCUGAUUUACGGGGUUCUAUUGUCUAUGUCGGGAUACACGGCAAAAGGUUGGCAAGGAGAAUUCAAGACAAAGAGUUUGUCAUUUGUGAUACCUUCUCCAGCAGGUAGGAUGAUUAAACUAUCAUCAGAAUCUCUGCGAGAAAACG